AUGUCAGAAACUCAGCCGCCAGACGGGGCAGUGUCCGCGAUCUCCAGUGAAGACAAAGGAAGUGUCAGAGUCGCGAUCGAGGGCUGCGCCCAUGGGACACUGCACGCAAUCUAUGCAUCUAUUGAUGAAGCCUGUCAAGUCAAAGGCUGGGACGGCGUGGAUCUGGUAAUCAUUGGCGGUGAUUUUCAGGCAGUCAGAAACCAGCACGACCUCAACGUCACCUCGAUGCCACAAAAGUACCGACGCAUGGCAGAUUUCCAUGAAUACUACAGUGGCGCCAGAACUGCACCUUACUUGACCAUUUUCAUUGGAGGCAACCACGAAGCCAGCAACCAUCUGUUCGAACUCUACUACGGAGGAUGGGUUGCGCCCAACAUCUACUACCUCGGCGCUGCCAAUGUAGUCCGAUUUGGCCCUCUCAGAAUAGCGGGGCUGAGCGGCAUAUGGAAGGGCUACGAUUACCCAAAACCUCACUUCGAGCGGCUUCCAUACAAUCGAGAGGAUACUUCGAGUAUCUACCAUGUUCGAGAACUUGAUGUUAGGAAACUACUGUCAAUCCGCUCACAGGUCGAUAUAGGUCUCUCGCAUGACUGGCCACAGGGCAUUGAGAUGCAUGGAGACUAUGAAUGGCUUUUCAAAGCAAAGAAAGGAUUUGGGGUUGAUUCACAGUCCGGGAAGCUAGGUAAUCCAGCGGCACGAGAAUGUCUGGAUUGGCUUAGACCUCCAUACUGGUUCUCUGCACAUCUGCACACCAGAUAUGCCGCCAUUCUUCAGCAUGACCAGACUGGAGGGUCUUCAUCUAGAAAGUCGACAUCCAACUUACGAUCCCACAACUCUCCUGACCAGCAUACGGCAAAGAAAGCCAAGGCUGGGCACCUCUCGAACCCUUCUUCCGUCUCAAGCUCAUUGAGUCGCACCCACGACGCUCUUCCUACCCCUGAGGCACGUCAACGGGUUUCGGCAUGGCAACAGUUUCACGUGUCUGCUCAACGUGACGAUGCUGAAGAAAGAGAUAAGAUCCUGCAGGACAAAGAAAGUCGGCGGCGGGAGGAAGAGAGAACAGGUAUCCGGUCUACGCCCCAAUACUCGUUCCAAGAGACCUUCAAGCAGGUCGGCAGUGAUGCAGGAUCCGAUCGUCAGCUCAUCUCGACAACUCAGAGUGAAGUCAAGCCUGAAAAUCGUGGCAAUGCUAUCCCCAACCUCGAUGGGUGCUUCUUUUCGAGGCCUGUCAAGAGACAACGACUCGACUCUGCAUCUCAAGGGUUAGCUCCAGGUCAGAAAAGCUCUGGCCCUGCACUCGUCUACGCUAGAGACCAGCUCGACGGCGCACAAGCUAGUCUACCAGAGGCACCGGAUGCUGUUGUCGAAAAUCCAGACGCGAUUGAUAUCGAUAUGAGCGACGAGGAUGAGCUCGUGGCAACUGGUAGAAACAGCACCACAACUUCUCAAGCAACUCCUCUUCCCAUACCCGAAGCGAAACUCCACAGUGGUGCCGAUCAAGACACCGCGGGGAAACGUGGACUAUUCUCUGUCAGUACAUCGGAGGAGAGUGAGGACGGCGGUGUCAAGCUCAAUGCACAUGCUGCGGCUUUUCUUGCAGAGCUGUCCAUACCUACCCCCGCGAGCAGAUCGCCCGAAUCUCCAGAAUUGCUGCCUGGGGCGCCCAACUCUACACUGAAUCCUUCUGCAGAGACAUUCCCACCGCCAAUCUCAGAGUCAGCUGGUGACAGUACCAUGGAGGACUCGACGCAGCUUCCAGUCACAGCUGCACCAAACCCGGAACCCCAACCAAGCGAAAACGAAGUCUCCGAAGAGAUGCGAGCCCAGCUAGCAGCUUUAUCCAGCACGUUCACGCAGAAAGAGAAGGAGAAGAUUGAAGUCUCACCGAGCCUCCCAUUCCCCACAGAAAUCUCCAACAAGACGACCGAAUUCCUCGCCCUGGGCAAAUGUGAAGCAUAUCAAGAAUUCCUACAGCUUCUGGAAAUCCGCUCGACCACGUCUCAUGAACAAAAGAUAGUCGGGCCCCUCAAGCUUUCCUACGAUCCGGAAUGGCUCGCCAUCCAGCGUGUUUUCGCUUCCGAACUCGCCCUGGGUGGAUUGCCGACGGACAGAGUUCCCCCUCACCGCGGCGAGGCACAUUACCGAGAUCAGAUUGUCAAGGAACAAGAAUGGAUCUUCGAACAUGUUGUUAGGCCUGGUAAGCUGCUGGUUCCGGAGAAUUUUUCCAUCACGGCGCCGGUGUACGAUCCUAACCUCAACGUCGAACCUACUGCUAUGCCGACAGAAGUUACGAAUCCUCAGACCAGCGCCUACUGCGAAUUGAUUGGGAUCGAGAACAAAUUCGAUAUCAGCGAAGGGGAGCGCAAUUUCAGAAAGAGCCAAGGCCCACGGCCAGAUCGACCAGAAUAUCUAGCUUAUGAGAGCAGAUUCUCCCGCAGACAGUCAGGCGGACACGGGCACGGACAUGGAGGUGCUAGAGGCCGAGGUGGGGGUGGGGGUGGAGGCGGUCGUGGCCAUGGUCAUGGCGGGCGAGGCGGAGGCGGAGGCGGAGGCGGCGGUCGAGGACGAGGACGAGGUCGUGGUGGACGCUGGUGA